AUGGCUGAACUCUACAAGCAGUGGAAUGCUCGUGCCUGCGCCGUUACCAUCCCAAAGGCGUUUGUCCAGUCAUCGAAGUCGUCCGUGCUCGAGGAGUUAUCUGCUGAGAUCGCUGGUUUGUUGGACCCAGCCACCCUCCGGACCGUGCAAGCAACAUCCAAUCGCCGGUUCGUCCUCGAGUUCUCCAACCUUUCAACUGCUGCAGAGGUCAUGCGAAAUGGCAUUGGCUUUCGGGGAGUACACCUCACACCAACAGUUGCCUACUACAAACUCACAUCCGUCUUCGUGAAAAGAGCUCCCUUUGGUGUUCCAGAUGAUGAGUUUGUCAAAGCAUUGUCUCCCUACGGUCGUGUCGUCUCGGUAAAACCCUUGACCUUAAAGAAGUUCCCAAAGAUCUUCACGGGUACUCGGCUGGUCCGAAUGGCAGUUGAAAAAACCAUUCCCUGCUUCAUGAGGGUAAUGGAUUUUCCUGUACUGGUGCGGUAUCGUGGUCAACCGUUCCAGUGCUAUCGAUGUCGACAAAUUGGGCACUCUUAUAAAGAGUGUCCCGAUAAAGAUAUACCAUCAGCGCGUCGACAUGUUACUAAACCACCCCCUUCCUCACCGAUUUCUGGCCCUCACGCAUCCAAGUUUCCUAUGGAACCCACUCCACUAGUUGUAACUGGGUGCCAGCCAGCUGGUACUACAUCUAAAUCGGUGAUUCCUCCUGCAACAGCGGUUAUUCCAUCUACUGCGCAGCCAUCUCCCAUGGAGGUGGUCCCUCCUUCCUCCUCGGAUCCAUCUUCGUCGGUUGACUCCCCCCUUGUCACCCUGGACAUCGGAGCACAGUCUACAGUCGGAGAUUUGUCGGGUAGUCCAGCAGUUGCAGACUCCAACGUAACGAAGGAGGAACCCAAGUAUAACUCUGUGGCCACAUGGACCGGGCCCAGUGAUCCAAUUGUGUCGGUGAGGGUGUGGUUUCGGAAAAAUCACACUCAAGCCCAGCGCCAUGUUGUCCUAUCCAUGGAAGACCUGUUGAUCAGCCUGAAAGCAGCCUACAAGGAAGAAGCAGCCAGGGGGUUCUGCUUCAUACACUGGCAGCUCAUGACGAAGGCGGAUGCACCUAUACAACCCAGGUGUACGAAGGCAUAUGAUUUAGAAGGGGAAACUCUGAUGGUCCGGACAACAAAACAUCUUGGUGUCACAGAGAAGCAGCAACACCUGCUGUAUGCCCAGAAGGCAGUUUAUAAUGGAUUAUUGACAAUGAACCUUAUGUUGUGUGUCCAUCAUAAGAUGGAAAAAAUUAGUUAA